GCGAUAUUAGUAUCGUAUUUUGAUUUUGUGUUUCUGGUAACUAUAGUGACAACCCCCUCCCUCCUCACUCGGGCUUCUGCGUUGUGAACGAGCACGUAGAAACGUGACUUCAAGAUCGUCGUGAACGAGCACGUAGAACCGCGACGUUGCCGAGGCUUCAAGAUGGCGGAAGCCUUGACAAGUCAGGAGGAACUGGCGGUGGAGGAGUUUCUGAGUGAGGUGCGCAGCAGGGAACAUCCCCGCAGCGCAGCCCUGGUCUCCCAGCCAACCGCCGUCAAGUUCCUGAUGGCGCGCAAGUUCGACGUCUCCCGAGCAAUAGACCUCUUCCAGGCAUACAAGAACACGAGGAUUAAAGAGGGCAUCUUCAACAUUAACCCAGAGGAGGAACCUCUCCGCUCUGAACUGCUCAGCGGAAAGUUCACCGUCCUGCCUGGUCGUGAUGCUAAGGGUGCAGCUCUGGCUCUGUUCACCGCUCGUCUCCACCGCUCUGACGUCACUACCCAUAGGGCUGUGCUGCAGGCCAUCAUCUUUCAGCUGGACAAAGCCAUCGAGAGUGUUGACACCCAGAGAGAUGGUUUAAUUUUCAUCUAUGACAUGACCAAUUCCAGCUAUGGGAACUUUGACUAUGAGCUCUGUGUCAAGAUCCUCGACCUCCUCAAGGGUGCGUUCCCAGCGCGUCUGAAGUGUGUGUUCAUCGUGUCGUCUCCUCUCUGGUUCAGAGCUCCCUUCGCCGUCCUCAGACUCUUCGUACGUGAGAAGCUGAGAGAGAGAGUGUGUACAGUGAAGGCCCACGAGCUGUCCAAUUACAUCCCAGUCUCUUCUCUUCCGGAGCACCUGGACGGAACCUCCCAGUACAGCCACGUUGCCUGGAUACAGUCCUGCGUCAACGCUCACACCGCCCCGGGCGACUCGCGCGCACACCCGCACGACACGCACGACUGCGUGGGUAGCCUGUUGCUCUCCUACAGCCUGGAGCCUCGCAACGCUAACGCCGCCGCUACGUUAGCCGCUACUCAAACCUCCAUAGGCUCCCAUUCGGAUUCGCCGCUGCCGUUAGCCUCCGAGCUAGCGUUAGCCGCUACGGCUAACUCCAACUGCUACGACGAUAGUAAUGCUAACCCACACGUCCACUGUGGUACAGUGAAUGGCAGGACUCGAAGCCAGGCCCAGAACAGCCCCCGGCGCUCUGGAUCACAGAGGAGCCACCAACACCGGAACGGUUCUGCUGCCCCCGCCCCAGUCGGACACGCCCCAGACACACCCCUCCGCCGCAAAGCAGUAGGAAUGACGAUGAGUGACGGGUCGGAAACCCUCGACGACGGAACGGCGAACGAGGGAAAGAGGGAAGGAGACGAGGAAGAGGAUGAGGUAGAAGGGGUGCCUCCUCUCCCUCAGAAGUCUCUCCCGCGCAACCCUCAACCCCCGCAGUCCCAGUGCCCGUCACUCUCGCCGUCGUGCGGCACGUCACAGCCGGACGUGGACCCUUGUCCCCAGGAAGAGGUGUCCGUGCACGUGCCUGACGGGGUAGGGAUGAACGUGUUGGAGCUGGUGGAGCACGUCAAGAAGAGGAAGAAGAAAGGAAUCUACCAGGAGUAUGAAGAGAUACGCAAGGAGCCUCCUACUGGUAGCUUUGACUACAGCAAGAAGCUGUCCAAUCAGAUCAAGAACAGGUACAGUGAUGUCCUCUGUCUGGACCAAUCACGUGUCAGACUCUGCCAGCUCUGUGAUGAUGAGGACGAGACGUCAGACUACAUCAAUGCUAGUCUUAUGGACGGCUACAAGAGGAGAAACGCUUAUAUCGCAACUCAGG